AUGAGAAGCCCAUCUGCUAUUACAGGCCAGCACCAUCUCCAGGAACCGGACCGCGUAGUCUGCUCAGGCGUACAUCUUUUGAAGCUCGCUCAAGACGUGGAGACAUUGAUAACGACGGCCAACGUCCAGCUGGUUGACAUCACCUCCGAUAGCAUUGAUCUUUAUGAUCUUCAUGAGAACGGUGUCGUCACGGGGUCCGGGGAGUAUAAGUUUGACAUGAUCAUCUUUGCUCUAGGCUUUGACGCCGGCACUGGGGCUCUCAGCGAGAUAGAUGUCAAAGGGUCCCAAGGAAGGUCGCUCAAAAAAUGUUGGACAUCCAAGGUUGAUACUUUCGCUGGUACACUGAUCCCCGGGUUCCCCGACAUGUUCUUGCUUCUCGAAGAUCGACGUCAGGGGGGAGGCGGCGGAUGCGUGGAAUGCGCAUCUCAGGGAGGUUUUCUCCGGUUUGCUCACUUCAAGGACUCCGAGACGCAUGAGGCCUGGUUGCUUGAAUUGAGUGAUGCGGAACGGGGAGAACUUUGGGAAGAGCUUUGGAAUCGUGGCGGUCUUAACUUCAAUCAGGCGAAUUACCGAGACUUUCUCGUUGACGAGAAGCCCAACAGACUCAUGUACGACUUCUGGGCAAAGAAGGCCCGCCCGAGAGUCAAGAAUCCCGCCAAGGCCGCAUUACUUGUACCUGAGAAAGCACCUUUCGCAUUUGGGACCAAGAGGAGCAAGAGGGGAAUUACACGCGAAGACGGAUCCGAGCUCGAAUUCGACACUAUUGUAAUGGCGACAGGCUUCGACGCCAUGACAGGGAGUCUCACCAAGAUGAAUAUUCAAGGAAGAGAUGGCAUCACCUUUUCAGACCGGUGGAAAGACGGCGUCUUCACUCAUCUGGGACUUUGCUCCAAUGGAUGCCCUAACCUGUUCAUGGUCUACGAGCCUCAGGCACCCACGGCGUUUAGCAAUGGACCUCCAUUCAUUGAGAGUCAGGUUGACAUGAUUGCGGAACUUCUUCAGAAGCUCCAGAAAAAGGGUGUCAAGUCCAUUGAAGCACAGCGGGAUGUCGAGGAGAAGUGGAAGCAGGCAAUCCAGGCUGCCAAUGGCAAGACCUUAAUGCCCUUGACCGACUCGUGGUAUAACGGAGCCAACAUCCCAGGCAAGAAGAGAGAGCAAUUGAUUUACCUAGGUGGAGUUGAGAAAUAUUAA